AUUUCCCAGUUUUCAACUAUCAAUGUCAAAUUAAAGGUGUUAUUCAAAAAGUUAAAGAUAUAUUAUGAAACACAACUUUAUCAUGUGAAAUAAACUAUAAAAUUGAAGUUUACUAUAAGCAAUAAAACCAUGGCAGCUAUAGAACUUCCUUAUGACGUUCUAGUGUACCUUCUUAAAUAUUUGCCACCAUCUGACCGCAAGGCUGCUAGUGAAACUUGUCAGGCAUGGUACUUAGCUGCUAAUGAUUAUUGUUUUUUAAAAAAUAAAACAAUUGUUCUUUAUAAAACAGAUUUAAAUGAUGAGUCAUCACCACUGCAAGCUAUUGAAAAUUCAAUGAUACCCUAUUUUAAUUUUUUGUUCAGUGAAGUAGAAAUAUCUAAUAAAUUGAAUGGUUUCUGGGACAAAAUCGGUGAAAAUAUAAAAGGUUUAACUAUUAGAAAAUGUGAUAUUCAUGAAAAAGUUAUAGACAACAUAUUGCACAAAUGUAUUAAUCUUGAAACAUUAAAUAUACAAGGUUGCAAAGAACUUUUCAUGUCAGGUUGUCUAUUAGAAAAGACAAAUAGCUGGAUAGCUGACAGUUUCAAAAAUUUAAAAAGUCUCAGUUUGUCUGAAAAUAAAUACAUAACAGAUGCAUUAUUUUAUAGAUUUGUGAAAAAUGCACCAGUCUUAGAAAAUUUAUGCUUAUCAUUAUGCCCUUUGCAAUUCCACGGAGGCUUUAUAAAACGUUUCUACCCUAAUAUAGAUAAUGUUUUUGAGAAUCCAUCUGAAAGUGUCUUUACAUUCUACUUUGUUUCGCAAUUUAUACAAUCUAGAGCUGAUCAAAUAAAAACGUUAGUGUUUUCUAAUACUUUAAUUGAUGGAGCAGCUUUAAAAAAUUUAUCAGAAAUACAAAAUUUGAAGUUGGAAUGUCUUCAACUAAAUACAUGUGAUCAGCUAACAAACGCUGGCAUUAUAUCGUUAACAACUCAUCAGCAAACUCUCAGAGAACUAGACAUAGGCCUAUGCACCCGAGUUACUGAUCAAUCUCUUAUGUAUAUCAGUGAAAAUCUUAUACAUUUAGAGUACCUUAACAUUCAGAGAUGUAGAGCAGUAACAAAUUUGGGUGUAGCUGAGUUAAGCAAACUGAAAAAACUAAAACGAUUGAAUAUCUCUCAGUGUGAACUUAUUACAAGAGAAGGAAUUGAAAAGGGAAUUUGUAAAGAAGAAAAUAUCACAAUGCAGGAGUUGGAUAUAAAUUCCUUAAAUUUAGUACAAACUGGUGUAAUAAUGAUUUCUGAAACUUUAACAAACUUGCGCUUCAUAGAUUUAAGUUUUUGUUUUAAUGCUGUAACAGACACAUCUAUUCAAGUAAUUUUUAAAAACCAAUUACUUUUACAUACUUUGAAAAUAAGUUACUGUGAUAAAGUCUCGGACGCUGGCUUGACUGGCAUGGGAAAAGUGGAAACAGAAGGCGAUGAUGAAGGGCCUGUUAUGUCUAGUUACAAUGAGGGCAACGUGCCUAAUAGGAUCCAUUUAGGUUCAAGAGCUGAGGAGGAAAUUAUUCGAGACGCAAGAAGAAAACGCGAUGUUAUGAGAAUGUGUGAAAAAUUGUCCAUGGAUUCCUACUCUGGUUACUCAUUAGCCCGAAUAAAAUCCCUAAGAGAACUUAAUAUUAGUGGUUGCAACCGAAUAACUGACGUCAGUUUGACAUAUGCCUUUUCGUUUAAGGAGCUCCUAAGUCUCAAUUUGAGUAGGUGCCAACAAAUUACAGUUGAUGGAAUAAAACAUCUAGUCAAAAACUGUCCAAGCAUUGAAUACCUAAAUCUAAAUGACUGUUAUAGUUUAAAAGAUGAUGCUGUGAUUGAGAUAGUAAAAGGGUUACCAAGAUUACAAUAUCUUGAACUAAGAGGUUGUAACCAGCUAACCGAUAAAACAUUAGAGGCGAUAAAAGACUAUUGCAAAAUACUUAAGGUGUUGGACAUACAAGGUUGUCACAAUAUUUCAGCUGAAUUGGGAUGCACAAUCGGAACUUUACCUACCCUCCAUACUGUCUUAAUGUCCAAACCUGGACCAUACAUUACUGAAGGAGUAAAAAACAGAACACCAGCGCCCCCUCUUAUACCUUCUUUGUUACGGAAACUUCGUUUGCAUUAAGUUUGUCUAAAUUGUAAAUUUUAUAACAUGUAUUAUUUCGUUAAAAAUUGCCCUAAAUAUAAAAGACCUAAAAAUUAAAUUAAGUUGGUAACAUGAUUUUUUUGCAGAUUGUUUUUAAAUAAAUUUCAAAUAUGUUACAUUUAUUGUGCAUUUAAGAGAUUACUUAAGUAUUAUUAACACAAAAUAUAGUAAGUACGAUAUAAGUAAUAAUAAUUAUAGUGUCAAAUAUUAAUAUAAAACUGAUGAACAUAAUAUAAAUUUUUUUAUAUAGGUUAAGACAAAAUUAACACCCUUAAAUAAUGGGAAAAAAUAUGAAAAAUUUAGAUGUAUAUUUGAAAAAUUCUAUUUAUUAGAUAGAUAUUGUUGUUAGAAAAAUUAUUCUACUUUUGUAAAGAAAAAAUGUGGUGCAAUCAUUUUGGUGACAAACAACAAACUUAGUUUUUCAAGAUAAAGAUGAAUUGAAUUUUAAGAUGAAACAUCACAAUUUUGAUAUGCUUUAAAGAUACUGUAUCCUUAUAUAUUUCUACUGACGUCAAGCAUUUAAUCAUAGAUGUAUGUAAUACGUAAAGAUUUUCUUUUGUUUUUACCGUAUUUCCGUAUAUCUGUGACUUAGGCCGGAUGUUCAGUAUUAUUAAUACCUACAGUCGUACUAUAUACAAAAGACAAAUAAUAAAAAAUUGUUACAAAACAUAAAUGUAAUUUAACUAUCAUUUAUAUUUUUUAAUUAUAUCAUAACUCUUAAACAUAAGUUACUACGAAACGACAUGUAGUAGUACUUGUGUAAGUAGGUACUUUGUUAUUUAAGCUUUAUUCGUUUAUUUUAUUAAUUAUUUCAUCUUUAUCAAAUUAAAAUUAAGAAAGGUGUUUAUAAAAGUACAAUUAAAAAAAAACUGUUAAUAAAGAAUAGAUAUUGUUUUGGCGUCAAUCGACUGCUAUGUAAUGUGUUAUGAACAUACCUGUAUGUAGAAGACAAUAAAUUGUAUUUGUUUUUGUAACAAUCAUACUUUAAUAUUUGUUAUCAAAAUAUAGUCCGAUUUAUUGUA